AUGAGUACUACUGCUCUUCCAGCAGUUUGUGUCCAACAACCCAUUAUUGUCUCUUCUGUCCAGCGCUGCAAAGACAAGCUGAACUCCCUGGCCAUCUCGGUGAUGAACCUGUGGCCCGGGGUCCGGCUGCGGGUCACCGAGGGCUGGGACGAGGACGGACACCACUCGGAGGAGUCUCUGCACUACGAGGGCCGGGCGGUGGACAUCACCACCUCGGACCGGGACCGCAACAAGUACGCCAUGCUGGCCCGCCUGGCGGUGGAGGCCGGCUUCGACUGGGUCUACUACGAGUCCAAGGCCCACAUCCACUGCAGCGUCAAGUCAGGUGAGCAAGGGGGGACACCUGGUGGAGCAGGGUCUCAGGUGUAG